AGCGGAUCGGCGCGCAAGUUCAACCGUGGCGAUCUCUUCCACUCCUUCCCCUUGAUUCUCUCUACACCAAACACGGAGGACUUUCAAGCGAGCUUACCACUACUACUACCAAGAAGGCAAGAACUUGGAGCUCAGCUAACUAGCAACCUCUGUGGCUACCCCAAGGUAGAAGACGCAGUGGCAGAGCUAAACCAACCAUGGCGCCCGUGCCGCGCUCCGCGGCCGUCUCCGUGGCCCCCGGCGGCGACGAAGACAUGGCCGCCGCCUGCUUCGACGCGGACCAAGCCCGGCUUCACCAGCUGGGGUACAAGCAGGAGCUGAAGCGAGGGCUCAGCGUGGUGUCCAACUUCGCCUUCUCCUUCGCCAUCAUCUCCGUGCUCACGGGUGUCACGUCCACGUACAACACGGGGCUCCGCUACGGAGGUCCGGCGUCCAUGUCCCUGGGCUGGCUCGUGGUCGCCUCCUUCAAUGGCUGCGUGGCGCUGUCCAUGGCCGAGAUCUGCUCCGCUUACCCGACUUCUGGGGGACUCUACUACUGGAGCGCCAAGCUCGCAGGCAAGAAACGGGCGCCCCUUGCCUCCUGGGUCACCGGCUGGUUCAAUAUCAUGGGACAGGUACGUAACGUCGUUGCGCGCUCCAACUUCACAGGCUCUCUCGAUCCUUUUGAGUGAUACAGGCCAUUUGGCUGCAGCUUCAAAUUAGUACUCCU